AUGGCUGCUGUUCCCACCAUUGUUGAGGUUUCAAACGCCAAUACAUGUGAGCUUUUAAAAUCAAUAUCAGGAGUGAAAGUGGAGCCGGUGGAAAUUGUUACAUCCAAAUUAUUGGUUCAAUGUUCUCGACAUAGGGGGCUUAUAAAGAUCUACAGACACUUGCUUAAUUAUCGAAAAAAUGUAUUUAACCUUUUCAGUUUCCCUGUUCUAGCUGGAACUAAGUACAGGCAACUAAGACGUGGAUUUCAAGAGGUAGUGGUUUGUGGUCUCUACAGGGAUGGGAAUAUAUACUUCCACCCGAAUGAUGAUGAGAUCCUGCAGCAAACUGACAAAAUCUUGUUCAUUGGUCCAGUUCAUGGUAAAAGGAGCCCACAAAUUGCAUAUUCUAGUGUCUUCAAAGAAGGAGAUGCCUUUUUUCAAAAUCUUGAAGUUCUGGAAGAUAACAGCGAUAAUUUAAAUUUUGCUAUAGAAUUGAAAAAAACACGACUUGAAAAUACUGUAAAACGUCCCAACAGAUCAGGGUCAAAGGCAUCAGACUGGAGCCUAGGACCAAAAGAACACAUUCUUUUUCUUGGAUGGCGCCCAGAUAUUGUAGAAAUGAUACAUGAGUAUGAUAAUUAUCUUGGGCCUGGGAGUGUAUUGGAGAUAUUAUCAGAUGUGCCAUUAGAUGAGAGGAAGAGGACCAGCAGCAUUGCUAGUCAAAGAAAACUCAAUAACGUCCAGGUUUCGCAUAGGAUUGGAAACCCCAUGAAUUUUGAUGAUUUACAGGAAACCAUAUUGGAUAUUCAGAAUUCUUUCAAUAAAAAUGAAGAUAUUUCCUUUACAAUCGUUGUAAUAUCUGAUAGAGAGUGGCUUCUUGGAGAGCCAUCCAGGGCAGACAAGCAAUCUGUUUUCUCUCUUCUUCUUGCUGAAAAUAUCUGCAACAAACUUGGAGUGAAGGUACAAAAUCUAGUUGCAGAGAUUGUUGACUCAAAAUUAGGCAAACAAAUGACAAAAAUCAAGCCAUCUCUGACUUAUAUUGCAGCAGAGGAACUAAUGAGCCUGGUGAUAGCUCAAGUGGCAGAGAACAGUGAACUGAAUGAGGUGUGGAAAGACAUUCUGAAUGCAGAGGGUGAUGAAAUAUAUGUGAAGCCUCUACAUGAAGGAGGGGAGAAUCCUUCUUUCACAGAGCUCUCUGAAAGGGCAUAUUUGCGGCGAGAGGUUGCUAUAGGCUAUGUGAAAGAUAAUAGAAAGGUUAUCAAUCCAAAUUUCAAAUCAGAACCCCUUUCCCUGUCUUUGACAGACUCAUUAAUCGUUAUAUCUGAGCUUGAAGGAGAACAACCUAUCGUUUUGUAA